AUGGGAGUGAAGGCGUUCUACAAUCUGUUGUCGUGUCCUGAUCAAGAGUUAACUGUGUGGACUGAGAACGGCUUGAUACACAAUUGGAAAGGUGCACAACUCAUCCAGGCUUUUGUUCUGCAUCUUUCCCAGGAGCUCCAUUUAAUUUUCCCGUGGCUAAUGGAGGCGAUCUUUGGGAGCCACGAUGGGACGGCUGUGGGCUGGAAUUUGUGCUACUUGCAGUGCCGAAAUAAUCCAAGUGAUUAUGCAGCCGUGGUAGAGUUCCUGGAUCCCAGUGGCCCAAUGAUGAAGUUGGUUUACAAGCUGCAUGCUGAAGAUUACAAGUAUGAAUUCCCCAUCGUGUACCUUCCUGGUCCUGUGAAGGCAUCGCUCCAGGAAGGUGUCCUGCCCGACUCCCCACUGUAUCACAACAAGCUCCAGUUUCCUCUGUCGGGACUGACCAGCCUCAGCCUCUCCCUCAAUCCCUUUGAAUAUUAUUUCUUCAAUUUUGCUAGGCACCUUACUGCACCACGGAUUUGCCCCCCAGGACACCUGUUCAGCACCUCGGACAGCGCCUAUUUUGUGGUCGUUGAUCAGUAUCUGAAAUACUUCCUUCCAAUAGAAGGGAGUGUGCCCCCGUCGCCUUUCGUGAAUGCUUUCGGCACCGUCUCUCCUCCAGCACCAAGAACUCAGAGUGUCCCAUUCACCUCCUACGGUGGGCCUCACACCAGCCUACUGAAGCGUUACAUAUCCCACCAGCCGUCGGUCACCACUGACCCAGCCGCACAGGAAAUCUGGAGAUCAGAGACGUUGCUGCAGAUCUUUAUUGAAAUGUGGCUUCACCAUUAUUCUCUAGAAUUGUAUCAAAAAAUGCAGUCUCCACACAUCAAGCCAGGGCCACAGUUGGAGGUGCUACAGUACCGCCUGGGUAUCUGCAGCACUCAGUACAACACUGCGUCACCACUGCCUGGCCACGGCACCUUCCACACCUACCAAGAACCAUUUACCCCUUCAGAGGAGCACGUGCUAAUGGUGCGGCUUCUGAUCAAACAUCUGCACUGGUUUUCUAGCAGCAUCAAACAGGAGCAGGCUUCGCCCUCUGCUCAGUCCCACCCUGGCAGCCCCCUGGACGACUUUAAGAGAGCUGCGAUUUCGUGCUUCUUUCAGCAGAAUCUCUAUGUGUUUCUACAACAGUGCUUCACCCACUGGCCACUGGAUGCCUCCUUCAGAGCUGUUUUGGAAACGUGGCUCAGCUUUCUGCAGCCUUGGAGGUACGCAGUCGACAAAGCACUCGGCGUGGAAUCUGCCGAUCGCACUGUACCUGACAAAUGGGCCUCCUUUGUACAGGACAACUUGCUAAUGUUCACAAAACUGUUCCAAAGCUUCCUCAAUCGAGCAUUGCGCACUGAUCUUGUCAGCCCCAAGCAUGCAUUGAUGGUGUAUCGAGUGGCCAAGGUCUAUAGCCAGCCCAAUCUUGCCGACAUGAUCAAGGAAGCGGAGCGUCAGUUUCUGGAGCCGGACCCCAUACACCAUCCAAGGCAGCACCGUGUGUAUGCCUCGACGGCCCUAGGCAGCAGCUUCGUAUCCACCUGGCAUUCCCCAGUGGCCGACACCACCUUCCGUGUAAAGGGUCACGUGUAUAACCUGGAGGGCCAGGACUGUGUCUACAAGCAAAUGUUUGGUCCCGAAGUCAGGGGCCUGGUGAUGAAGCUAGCUCACCUGAUAGCACAGGCCAAGCAGACCGCCAAAUCCAUCUCGGACCAGACUUCCGAGCACUCCACCAGCCACUCGCUCAUGUCCUUGCUGGGCCUCUCCACCUACAACUUCAGCACUUCUGCUUAUGGAAGCAAUGAUUUGGAUGACCUGGGUCCGGAUGAGAUACGGAAAACGGAUGAAUAUUUGGAAAGGUCGCUGGAGUACCUGUGUCAGGUGUUCAAGAUCAGUACCCCUCAGCUGGCACCACCGGCACUGAAUAUGGGAAUGGGCAGCGACGAGAAUGGGAAGCACCAGCUACCCGACUGCAUCCAGGGAGAGGACAGGCUGAUGCUGACCCAGCUUGGACGCUACCAGAUCAUAAAUGGUCUCCGAAGGUUUACCGUGGAAUACCAGGGUGAUCCCGAGCUCCAGCCGAUCCGCAGCUACGAGAGCAGAGUGUUAGUGCGGCUGCUGUACCGACUGUCGUGUGCCGUUAACCAGCGGUUUUCCGCUGAGAUGGAGAGCCUGUGUCAGCAGGAAGGUGUUCUGGGAAAGGUUGCCCGUUAUUACCUGACCAGCCCUGACCGGACCCAGAGCUUGAGGUCCGCUCCGGUAACACAGCACAGUCUUCAGAGACCUAGGCCUCGUCAGCCACGUCUGAGCCUGCGUUUCCUGGCCAGUUACCGAACGCUCUUCUCGCUCUUCCUCUGCAUGGUCAUUGGUGCCACCCUCCGUCUGCACCCUCUGACCUCUGUCAUCCUCAUCCUGACUCUCUGGUUUCUCUACGGCAUGGUCUGGGCUCUGUGCUCAGUCCCAGCGAAGCCCCACCAGCAGUGAGCACCCAGCAUUUCCUCGCCAGUGCACUGGAGGCAAAUUCAGGAUCAAAGCCAAGGUUUUCUAAAUCAUUUUUGAAAAGUCCUUACUGCUGUAAAUGUCGAGAGAGCUAUUUAUUUUUACAAUGGUGUGUUUGUGACCAUGUUCUAUCAUAAUUUUAAUGUUCAAUACAAUAUAACUUGUAAAGUUCUGGACCAAAAA